AGUGGAAGUGGUUCAUGUUUUGAUGUUAACGGUUACAGGACAAGGGUACAGUGUUCAUUUGAGAGAAUUGUGGUGCUUUAACCAUGGCAGAUGUGAAGGUGAAGCAAGAAUCUGCAGAUCCUGUGGAUAUUGAAAACAGGAUAAGAGAUCUGUGUCAACAGUUCCCACAUGGAAUAACAGACCAGGUGAUCCAGAAUGACAUGCCUCACGUGGCGCCACAACAGAGGGCCAUGGUCAUAAACAGACUGCUGUCAAUGGGCAAGCUGGACCUUCUGAGAAGUGCCUCAUGUCUCAUGUACAGGAUGAAAGAUGCUCAGACUGCAAACAAAAUGAAGGGAUCUGACAACCAAGAGAAGUUAGUUUAUCAGAUCAUAGAGGAUGCAGGAAAUAAAGGUAUCUGGAGCCGAGAUAUUCGAUUUAAGAGUAAUCUACCACUAACAGAGAUCAACAAAAUUCUAAAGAAUUUGGAAAGCAAAAAACUCAUCAAGGCUGUAAAAUCUGUUGCGGCUUCUAAGAAGAAGGUGUACAUGUUGUAUAAUAUACAGCCAGACCGCUCUGUAACAGGCGGGGCAUGGUACAGUGACCAAGACUUUGAGUCAGAGUUUGUGGAAGUGUUGAACCAACAGUGCUUUAAAUUCUUACAGAGCAAGGCGGAAGCUGCCCGGGAAAGUAAACAGAGCCCGAUGGUACAGAGGAACAGUUCGUUUGCUUCCUCCAAUGAAGUGUGGAAAUUCAUCUGUGAACUGGGCAUCAGCAAGGUUGAGCUCUCAAUGGAAGACAUUGAAACCAUUUUAAACACACUGAUAUAUGACGGGAAGGUGGAGAUGACCAUCAUCGCGGCGAAGGAGGGGACAGUCGGAAGUGUCGAUGGGCAGCUGAAACUAUACAGAGGGGUCAACCCUAUUAUCCAGCCCACAGGCCUGGUUAAAACUCCCUGUGGCGUGUGUCCAGUUUUUGAUGACUGCCAUGAAGGUGGAGAGAUUUCUCCAUCAAACUGCAUUUAUAUGACAGAGUGGCUCGAAUUUUGAUUAAUUUUUAUUUCGAUUAAUUUUAUGGACUCUUUAAAAGACAUUGACCAAGCAGAAGAAAAAAAAUUACACAGUACGUUCUGAACUGAGAAGGAAAACAUAAAGUGAAUUGGCCAGCUGAAUGAUAAUUUAUUUUAUUUUAACAAAACAAGUCUGUAUUUUGUGAACAAACAUUAUUUGUGUAUAUAUAAUCUAAGAAAAUGUUGUCUAUGUCUUCAACAACAAAAUCACUUGUAUCUGUGAGGAUAUAUAAUUCUGUAAAUAAAAUGAAAAGUAUUCCA